GCAAAUUCGUCGUCAAUUUUUUGCUAACUGCUUCGUUAUUUUUUUCCCCUUUUUUUUUGCGCCUUUUUUUUUGCCCCUUCUUUUUGCCCUUCUUUUUGCCGCUGCGCAAAACGGCACGGGCGCGGAGAGACAGCCGGGUGACCGCGGGAGAGACACUCCUCCCUUCGCUUCACGAGAGGCGAUAAGAUAAAAUUUGCCCAACCGACGAACGGUACAAAAUUGUGCCGGUGAGUACCUGCAUGUGUGGGGAGGUGGACCUGCGAGUGAACCGUCGGUCGAGCGUUUAACAGGUGGCAGGCAGCUGGUGACAGGCAACCUCGCCGCUUCCUCCUCGCUUCCCCCUCGCUUCCUCGCCGCUCCCCCCCCGCGAUGGUGCCGACGAAGCGGUACGAGUACUCCCCGCUGGAGGAAAUAUUUUUCCCCAAGCGAACCCCAAAUGUGCAGUGCCAUUCGGAUGAAGAUGCACCCCUGGGAGACGAACGGGGAAAGCGGCGGGCCGACAUCAACCGGAUAAAGGACAGCCUACUGCAGCCGGAGCUCUCCCUAGAGUUGUGCCAGCGGAAAAAAAAUUACUACAAUAGCACGAGGCACGCAAGCCAUGUGCAGAGCUACUUGUUCUUUUACGACUACCGCAAGUGCUUUCAUAACUUGGAGGGGAAGAUCUUCAUCGACGGGCACCCCGUGCGGAUAUGGGACGACGGCACGAAGCGAGACCCACGGCUGAAGGAAGACAUCCCCGUGCAGAACUAUAACUCCUUCGUCUACGCGUAUAACCUGUAG